CCCAAGCCGGUCUCAGUCCGAAGUCACAGCUGUGCCUGUUGAAGUUGAACAUUAUUGUUAUUUGAUCUGGUCUAUGAGUCUAGACCUUGUAUUGCUGCGAGUGAAGCAUUUAGAAUAUAAUAUCUACAUUGCCAACAUUCAUAUCUAGGUUUCCCUUGGUUGAGGUUGCAGCUUAUCACCAAACCACACACGACCUUUAGCAGACGUUCACCUAACAUGGCACUCAGUAAAAAGAAGUUUGAGAGACUACCAAAAACUGUUGUCCCAGUUAACUAUAGUUUGACGCUGAAACCAGAUCUGAAGAAAUUUACCUUUGAAGGGUCUGUGGACAUAAAAGUUGAGGUUGCAUCAGCUGUGAAUAAAGUGAAAUUACAUGCUGUUGAAAUUGUGGUUGAUGAGGCUUUUUACAAAGCACAAGAUGAUACAUCUGUGGCUGCCACUGUUGAGUAUUACAAGGAUGAUGAAGAACUUGGACUACUGUUUCCAGCUGAUUUAAAUCCAGGCUCAGGUACACUGUCCCUCAAAUUUACUGGGGAGCUCAAUGAUAAAAUGAAAGGGUUCUAUCGCAGCAAGUACACUCUGGAUGGGGAAGACCUUUAUGCAGCUGUCACACAAUUUGAGGCAACUGAUGCUAGAAGAGCAUUCCCUUGUUGGGAUGAGCCAGCUAUUAAAGCUACAUUUGACAUAACAUUGAUUGUACCUGAAGGAAAAGUAGCCCUUUCUAAUAUGCCUGUGAUCUCUGAAAAAGGACUGGAAGGUAAAACUGUUGAGUUCAAGUACGCCACAACCCCAAUCAUGUCCACCUACCUUGUGGCAUUUGUAGUAGGAGACUAUGAUUACCUAGAAGCUGUUGAUGAAGACAAAGUGGUAGUGAGGGUGUACACACCAAAGGGCAAGAAAGAGCAAGGACAGUUUGCACUUAAUGUUGCAGUAAAAACACUACCAUUUUACAAAAAGUAUUUUGGUAUUUCAUAUCCUUUACCCAAAGUUGAUCUGAUUGCCAUUGCAGACUUUUCUGCAGGUGCUAUGGAGAACUGGGGCCUGAUAACCUACAGGGAAACUGCCCUUCUUGUGGACCCUGAGAACUCUUCUGCUAGAAUCAGGCAGUGGGUAGCACUUGUUGUUGGACAUGAGCUGGCCCAUCAGUGGUUUGGAAAUUUGGUUACCAUGGAAUGGUGGACUCAUCUCUGGCUAAAUGAAGGAUUUGCAUCCUGGAUAGAAUAUUUAUGUGUUGAUUACUGCUUCCCUGAGUAUGAUGUUUGGACCCAGUUUGUGAACAGUGAUUUGGGACAGGCCCUUGAGAUGGAUGCAUUAGAUAACAGCCAUCCCAUUGAGGUAGAAGUUGGUCAUCCAUCAGAGGUUGAUGAGAUCUUUGAUGCUAUAUCAUACAGCAAGGGAUCUUCAGUCAUAAGGAUGCUUCAUGAAUACCUUGGAGAUGAGGAGUUUCGCAAAGGUAUGAAUCUGUAUUUGACCAGACACCAGUAUAAAAACACAUUUACUGAAGAUCUGUGGGAUGCCCUUGAGGAAGCCAGUGGCAAACCUAUUGGAGAGAUAAUGAAAACCUGGACCAAACAAAUGGGUUUUCCUGUCCUCAAAGUGAACCAAGUGCUAGAGGGCAGUGACAGGAAAUUGAUCGUCAGCCAGAGCAAAUUCACAGCAGACGGCUCCACACCAAAAGCUGAGUUCCAGUGGAUGGUCCCUAUCGUGGCUUGCAACAAGUCGGCACCAUCCACUCCAAAAGUCCUUGGACUUCUGGAUUCUACAAGCAAAGAAUUUAUUGUGUCAGAUGUUCCAAAUGAAGACUGGGUCAAGUUGAAUGCUGGCACUGUUGGUGUGUACAGAGUUAUCUACCCUAGUGAAAUGCUGGAUGCUCUUAUCCCAGCCGUGAAAGACUUGUCCCUUCCACCAAAGGACAGACUUGGACUUCAAUCAGAUUUAUUCGCCCUGUCUCGUGCUGGUCUAACCUCUGCUGUGGAUGUCCUUAAAGUAGCUCAAGCUUUUGAAAAUGAAAAAGAUUACACAGUGUGGUCAAAUCUCUCCUCCAACCUCUCCACCAUCAGCACAAUAUUGCAGAAUGCUGAUGACAUAUAUCCAGCUUUUAAAAAGUUUGUCAGACAGCUGUUCUCCAAGAUUUCUGCCACUGUAGGCUGGGAUGCCAAACCUGGUGAAGAUACCCUGAUCCCCAUGCUGAGAGAGGUGGUGCUGACUAGGAUGGGACGCUGUGGUGAUGAGGAUAUUAUUGCUGAAGCAAAGAAGAGGUUUGAGGCCCAUUGUAGUGGUGGUGCCAAACUUCCAGCUGAUCUUAGAGCUUGUGUUUACAAUACAGUUCUCCAUAAUGGAGACAGGACAACAUUUGACAAGAUACUAAAGUUGUAUGAUGAGGCUGAUAUGCAAGAAGAAAAAGUUCGCAUUAGCAGAGCAAUGGGAUCUGUUCAAGAUAAGGAAUUGAUCCAAGAAGUUUUAGAUUUUUCACUAUCAGAAAAAGUUAGGUUUCAAGACGCAGUAUUUGUCAUAGCUGGUACGACAGGCUCUGUAGCUGGUAGAGAGUUGGCCUGGCAGUUUUUGAAAACCCACUUUACAGUUUUAAAUGGACGUUACGAGGGAGGAUUUUUGUUGUCACGAUUAAUCCAGUCUACAACAGAAUCAUUCAUUACGGAAGAAAAGGCUAAGGAAAUUGAGGCUUUCUUUAAAGAAAACCCUGUUCCAGCUGCUGAAAGAACUGUUCAACAGAGUAUAGAAAACAUCAGACUAAACGCCAAAUGGUUGAAGAGAGAACAAGACUCUGUCAAAGAGUUUCUUCUCUCUUUAUAAUGUGGCCAGUUUUUAGUGGUCUUAAGUUUACGUUGCCAAAUUUUACUGAAGUUGUUUUCGGCCAUAAUUUUGCUCAUCUGGUUGUAUUUUGGUUUUUUUAUUUUGUAUUUUUUAACUAAAGUUCGUCACUUGCGUUAUAAAUGUUAAUAAGUAGUGAUUUGUAGUGUAAGUCAUUUAAAGUUUAUAUAAACUUUUAAUCAGAAUGUAAAACCACAAAUUUUUAUUUUGCUUAACUGUGUAAGAUUAAGUUUUGUUUUGUAUGAUUAUUAGUUCCAAAUAAUAUAUUGAAUUAAAGUAAUUAAAAUCACAUUUAUAUUUUAAAAGAUAAUUAGAUAUUAUAUUUUUAGAACUGUUUGAUUUUGGAGUUGGGACCAACCCUUAUUAGUUCCAAAAAAAAUUUCGCCUAAUAAACUCAAAGGAGAGUAGUGUAGAUUUAUGGCCUGUGUAUUUGCAACAGUUAUACAGUUAAGGUGUUAUAAAUAAUUUCACUCAUUAUGUUUUAUUGAAGAUUCAGGAGAAUUAUAAAAAAGACAAUGCA